GAAGUCGUGACUCGCGAUAGAGGACUGAGCGGUUACGCGCGGUACCGCGCUCAUGAAAAGGAUCAUUUGAGUACCUAAUUCCGUACGAACUUUUUUUUGUGUAGUUUUGGGAUGAGUGCGUGCGUGCCAGUGCGUUGAGCGGUUCGUGAUAUCUUUUGAAAUGUGGAUUUUAAGGACUAUUUGGUUUUUAGUGUUGAUUUGUUGGGGAUUGGGGCAGCAGACGCCCGCUAUAGGACAUCGAGGAACCCCUUGUUAUGAUGCAUUUAAUAGACCACAGCGGUGCAUCCCGGAAUUCGAAAAUGCAGCUUUCGGCGUCCUGAUGGAUGCCACCAACACGUGCGGUCAGAACGGCGACAAUGAAUAUUGCGUACAAACGGGCGUUAAUGGAAUCAGAAAAUCGUGCGAAAUUUGCCAUCCAGGCGAGCAUGAAGCUAGAUACCUCACCGAUAUCAUGCACCCCGAUAAACCUACUUGGUGGCAAUCGGAGACGAUGUACGAGGGUAUACAAUGGCCCAAUCAAGUCAAUCUUACUCUUAACUUCGAUAAAGCGUUCGAUAUCACUUACGUCCGAAUUCUAUUUUCAUCGCCCCGACCGGAGAGCUUUUACAUAUCUAAAAAGUUGACCAAAGACGGCCCGUGGGUACCAUUUCAGUAUUACAGUGCCACUUGUCGCGAUACCUACGGAUUACCUGACAUGACGUAUACGACGCGAGGAGAGGAGACGAGGGCGCUUUGCACCUCCGAAUACUCCGACAUAUCUCCUCUGCAAGGCGGCAACGUGGCUUUCGGUACCUUGGAAGGACGACCGUCCGCUUAUAAUUUCGAUGCCAGCCCCGAACUGCAGGAAUGGGUAACCGCAACCGAAAUAAUGAUAACCCUCGACCGCCUCAACACGUUCGGCGACGAAGUCUUCGGCGACGCCCAGGUCCUGAAGUCCUAUUUCUACGCCAUAAUGGACAUCGCUGUAGGUGCCCGAUGCAAAUGCAACGGGCAUGCGUCCGAGUGCAUAACGUCGACCGGAGUGGACGGAUCCAGGCGGAGAGUCUGCAAAUGCGAACACAACACGGCAGGGCCGGAUUGCAACGAAUGCCUGCCCUUCUUCAACGACGCUCCCUGGGGAAGGGCCAGCGCCAGGAAUUUCUACGAGUGCAAACAAUGCAACUGCAACGGGUACUCUAACCGUUGUUUCUUCGACCAGAAGCUGUACGACCAAACGGGCCAUGGUGGUCAUUGCUUAGACUGCGCAGCUAACAGGGAUGGUCCCAAUUGCGAAAGAUGCCGGGAAAAUUUCUACAUGAGGGAAGAUGGGUAUUGUAUACCAUGCCAGUGCAACCCGACCGGUUCGAGAAGCCUCCAGUGCAACCUUGAGGGUAAAUGUCAAUGCAAACCCGGAGUCACCGGAGAGAAAUGCGACAGAUGUGAUGAAAACUACUUCGAUUUUUCAACGUUCGGAUGCAAAUCCUGCGGGUGCCACCUUCCUGGAUCCUACAACAACGAGAGGCGCUGCGAUCCCUACACAGGCGUGUGCCAGUGCAAGGAAAACGUAGAGGGCAAGCAAUGUAACGAAUGCAAACCCGGUUUCUUCAAUUUAGACGAGGAGAACUUCUUCGGUUGUACUCCCUGCUUCUGCUACGGACAUUCCGCGCAGUGCAGCUCCGCCACCAAGUUCUCUAGAUACCUGUUAGAGUCCUCGUUCUUCAAGGGAUUGGAGAAAUGGAAGGCGGAGGACGAGUACCAAAGACCGAUAGAGGUUAAAUACGAGCCUAUCAGCCAGAGCAUAGGGGUGCAAGCGCUCGGCGACGAUGCAGUUUAUUUUGUAGCGCCAAACAGAUUCCUAGGCGACCAAAGAGCUUCGUAUAACCAGUUAUUGGAGUUCACGUUGAGGAUCGGCGAUAAUAGACCCAUACCCACAGCUACUGAUAUAAUAUUAGAGGGAUCCGGAGCUUCGGUAACGAAUACGAUAUUUGCGCAGAAAAAUAAAAUCCCCAGUAUGCAGCCGCAAGUCUACAAAUUCAGGUUGCACGAACAUUCGGAUUACGGAUGGCAACCGAGGCUCAACGAGAAACAAUUCAUUUCUAUAUUAACUAAUUUAACUGCCAUCAAAAUAAAAGGAACCUACGCACCAGACGGUAUGGGUUUCCUCGACGAAUUGAAAUUAGAAUCAGCUUCUCGAGGAGUUGCCGGUAAACCGGCCCUUUGGGUCGAAUCUUGCGCUUGCCCUACAGGCUACGUUGGGCAAUACUGCGAGUCGUGCGCUCCGGGUUUCAGGCAUUCCCCUGCCCUGGGAGGGCCAUUUAUGCCCUGCGUGCCGUGCGAUUGCAACAACCACGCCGAAAUCUGCGAUUCGGAAACCGGAAGGUGCAUUUGCAGCGAUAACACUUCGGGAGAGAACUGCGAUCUCUGCGCUAGAGGGUACUACGGGAACGCGUUAGGAGGAACGAAGGAGGACUGUAAGCCUUGCGGUUGUCCAGAAGGGGGCGCUUGUAUACAACUCGACGACGAUAUGACGAUGUGCACGGAAUGCCCAGCCGGUUACACAGGUCACAAAUGCGACGUGUGCUCCGACGGAUACUACGGAGAUCCCUCUACACCAAACGGCGUGUGCAAGGAGUGCGAAUGUAACAAAAACAUCGACCCCAACGCCAUCGGCAAUUGCAACACCACCACCGGAGCCUGCCUCAAGUGCAUCUUCAGCACCGCCGGUGAUCAGUGCGAGAGGUGUCUACCAGGUUUCUACGGGAACGCGGUGGUUCUUCCGAAAGGCGAUUGCAAAGCCUGCACGUGCUAUUCAGUGGGCACUGUGGCUGGGGAAACCGGAGCGCCGGAUUGCGAUCAAUCCACCGGUAACUGCAAUUGCAAGCCGCAUGUUGUGGGCUUGAAUUGCGGCUCCUGCGAAGACGGUUACUACAACAUAAUGAGCGGGGAAGGUUGUCACGCUUGCAAUUGCGACGGCAUCGGUUCGAUCAACAAAACCUGCGAUCUUCUAACGGGCCAAUGUUAUUGUCGACCGGGAGUCACCGGGUUGAGAUGCGAUCGUUGCGAGGCGAGAAAAUACGGCUUCUCGGAGGAGGGAUGCAAGGAUUGCGAAUGCGACGGUAUCGGCUCCAAAGAUCUUCAGUGCGAUCCGUCCGGGCAAUGUCCUUGUUUGGAUAAUGUCGAGGGAAGGCGUUGCGAUAGAUGCAAAGAAAACAAAUACGACAGGAAGAGAGGCUGCAUCGAUUGCCCGGAUUGCUACAACUUGGUUCAAGACGCUUACAGAACGCACAACAGCAAAUUGGAUAGACUAGUGGAAAUUCUCGAUGAGAUCGAGAGAAGACCCACCGUCAUAACCGACGAUGAAUUUCCAAAAGAGCUCGAUAAACUCAAGAAAAACAUCAGCAAUUUUUACGAUAAAGUGAAAAACGCUACCGGCGAUCACAGCGUUAUACAACAAGUUUUAGAUAUAAGGGAAAGGGAGAAAGAAAUAACGCGCACUUUAUCCCAAAUCGACGAAAACAUAUUUUUAAUUAAAGACAAAAGCCACAUCACUGAGAUGAACAUCGAUCACAUCGAAACCAAUCUAGACGAAGCUGAGCUGCGUUUGGCAGAUACGAAAUCAACCUUCGAAAUGCAAGCUAAAGAAGCCCUCGAGAAGGCCAUUGAAAGCUCCACGAAAGCAGGCCAGCAAUCCGAGAAGAUGACCCAAAUAGCGCAGGAAGCCCGAGAGCUAGCGGACCGCUUAGAAAACAAAGCUGAAGAAAUAGUCGACAAAGCUUUCGACGCCAAGAACAAAUCCAUAGAAGCUUACAUCAUAGCCAAAACCGCCAAUUCGAACCAAACGGAUAUAAGCAACAGAGUCAGACAACUCAGACACGAAAUCGUAGAUGUUGAAAUCAAAUUGAACCGCUCUAAAGAAUGGACCAGCGAAGUAGCCAAUAAAUCCUCCGCCGCCAAAAACGACGCUCUAACGUUACUCAACGAAGUCAAAAACUUGGUCGUGCCGCAAGUAGAUAUACCGGAAUUGAAAUCCCGCUCCGACAAGCUCCGCAGCGAAGCCUACAGGCUCGGCAACGAAACAGAAAUCCUAUUCAAAGACAGCCUCAAUUUGAGAAAGCGCGUCGACGAUAAAAACGUCGAUGGCAGAGCCUUGCUAGAAACCGCCUACGAGCAACAAAACGAAAUCGACGAACUCCUCAACGACAUCCAUGCCACUAAAGAAAAAACUGACAAUUCAAUCGACAGGUGGAAGAAGAUUUUGAACGACACCGAAAGUAUUUACAACGAUUUGAAAGAUUUCGAUACUGAAACGCAGGAGAGCAAGAAAGAAGCCGAUAAAGCUCUCGGAACCAUCAAAGACAUCGAAGUCAUAAUCAAAGAAACGCUGGCCAAAACUGCCGAGGCCCAAGACGCUUUGAGAGACGCUACGGAUAACGCGAACUCUGCUUUGGAGAAAGCUCUACAAGCUGAUACGUUGGCCAAAAACGCAACUGCCACAGCGGGAAAAAUCAAAACCGAAGCCGGCAAUCUCAUGAGGAACACCACUUUACUGGGCGAAGACGCCGAACUGAUGAUGGAAAGGAUCGUAGAGGUCGAUCAAAAGCUCGACUCGUUCAUCGUCGAUACGAAAACGAACGGUACUUUUAUCAAAACAGCGACAGAUAAGAUUGGAAGCGCGGGAAAGGAAACCGACGAAACCUCGAAGAAAGUAAAAGAUUUAUUGGUAGACGUGCAAGAGAUCAUAGCCGAGCUGGAGAACACGCCUGACAUAGACGACAGCGAACUGGGAAGGCUCGAAGAUGCCAUCAAGCAGACCGAGCAGCAGUUCCAGGAGUCCCAGCUGGAUGAGAAACUGGCUAAUCUUCAAAAGGAUCACGCCAAUCAAGCGAAUCUCAUCGACCAGUACAAGAUCGAUAUCAAGAAACUGCAAGCAGAUGUGGACAACAUAGAGGCCAUAGUGAACGCUCUGCCUAACCAGUGCUUCAGAAGAUUGGAGCUUGAACCCUAAAAUUAAUUUGCAAACGUAAUCCUUUCAUACCAAAGAGCGACUUCUUUUUAUCUUCUAUAUUUAUUUUGUAUUUAAGGGUGUACAUAAGGACUACAUGUUAAGAGGAUUGUUCUAUUUUUAAAACUGUACCUAAAGAUUUAAUUUUUUAAUCCGGUUCGAUUAAU